AUGAUACCUACACGCCCCCAACGGCAAGACACCGAAUACGACGAAUACGACGACGAAGACCACAGCAACCACAGCUGGUCCUCCCUCUUCACCUUCACCAACCGAAAACACAUACUCCCACUGACCGCCGCCGUCUUCUUCGCCCUGCUCAACGGGCUCGUGAUUCCCGCCACGGCAAUCAUCCUCGGCAGGCUGUUCAACGCCUUUGCGACUUUCGGCGCCGACCUAAUGCCCGCCAAUGAGCUCGUGGACCAGGUGAGGGUGUUCGCCGUACAGCUGGCGGCGCUGGGGACCGCGAGCUGGUGCCUUGGUGGGGCGUUUUAUGCCUCGUGGGGCGUGUUUGGGGAGUUGCAGGCGGAGGGGGCGAGGAAGAGCUUGUUUGAGGGGCUGGUGGAUAAAGAUAUGCAGUGGUAUGAUAUGAGGAGGAAUGGAGUUGCGGGGCUGCUGGCGAGAGUGCAAACGCAGACGAAGGAGCUCCAGACGGCAGUGUCGCAGCCACUGGGACUUUCGCUGCAAGCGCUUGUGACGGCGACGGUGUGUCUCUUCGUGUCCAUCACGACGUGCUGGUCAUUGACCCUCGUCGUGCUGAUGGGGGUACCGCUGGCGUUCAUAUUCCUCAGCGUCGUCUCGCGCCGCAUCCAGACGCAGAUCGACACGCAGAAAGAGCACCUUUCGAGAGCCACUCGAAUCGUAAAUAGGGCCUUCACGGCAAUCGAGACAGUAAAAGCGUUCAACGGCCAGCAGUACGAGCGCUAUGUGUUUGCCUUGGCCGCGGGGAAGGCCGCACGGGCGUACAGAGAACAGGCGCAUAGCAAUGCCAUGGUUGUGGGCUUUAUAAGGCUUGUGAUCUUGACGAUGUUUGUGCAAGGCUUCUGGUACGGUGGGCGCCUUAUUAGGCAGGGAGAGGCAUCUGUGGGGGAUGUGAUGACUACGUUCUGGUCGUGCCUGAUGGCUACGCAGGCCCUCUCGAUGGUUUUGCCGCAGAUGAUAGUCUUGGAGAAGGGGAGGGCUGCAGGUGCAGGCCUCGAUGCAUUGUUAGUGAAAUUCAAGAGAGGGAGGCGGGUCUUCCAUAUGAAGGGCGGGAUCAUCCCGAAGAGCUGUCAAGGCGAGAUUGAAGUCAAAAAUGUAUCAUUUGCAUAUCCCUCACGCCCUUGUCAUUUGGCACUGAAUGGAGCCAGUAUCUUUAUACCAUCGCAUGAGACCACCUUCAUUGUAGGAAAAAGCGGCUCUGGGAAAAGCACCCUUGGAAACCUCAUUCUUAAAACAUAUAUGCCUUUAUCUGGCACUAUAACCCUAGAUGGAACCGUCGUCCAGGAUAUCGACCACGAAUGGCUACGAAGUAAUGUCACUAUGGUGCAGCAGGAGAGCGUGCUGUUCAACGAGACAAUCUUCCGUAACAUUGCAUUCGGGAGGAAAGACUACAAGAGUACCACCCGGGAGGAGGUUCAUCGGUCCUGUCGGAUGUCCAUGCUUGAGGAAACGCUCCGAAAUUUUCCGUUGGGCUCUAAUACCAUAGUUGGUGUUGGGGGCGCUGCGUUGUCUGGGGGCCAACGUCAAAGAGUGAGAUUCCAUGACCGUAUUUUAAGCUUGAUUCACAUUCCAAAGAUUAUUGACUCUUCAAAGGUUGCCCUGGCGCGAGCCAUACUUAGAAAUACGCCGAUACUGAUUUUAGAUGAAGCUACCAGUGCCCUUGACUAUGUCAGCAGAUCACUAGUCAUGGAAGCAAUACACACAUGGCGGCGGGGCAAGACAACCAUUAUAAUCACCCACGACAUCUCUCAGAUUAAACCGCAAGACUUUGUUUACGUCCUUGAAAAUGGAAAGGUCGUCCAAAAUGGAUACAGGUCUGAAAUUUGUAGCGUAGACGGCCUAUUUCGAGAUUUUAUGACGGCGUAUGACUCUAAAAAGGAAAUAAGAAAUCAACCAGGCUCACCCAAGAUUGAACUGGGCCAUCAUGAUAGAGCCAAAGAGCUUAUGGCUGCUGAUGUAUACAAUGAAGGCUAUCCAGUUAAUGGGACUUUGGCCCCAAUCUCGGAAGAAAGCUCGACGGAGCAAGAUCAAGAUGACGAGUUUUUAGAUGGUACCAAGGAGUCCACUUUCAAGCUAGAGAAUCUGUCACUACUAGGUAGAGCAGAACCUUCAAGCCCCAAAAGAACCAGAAGAAAGCGUCAAGCACGGCUGCUUGAAAGAAGCCUUAAUACCGAGAUGACACGUUUUGACUACGUACCUGCCCAUUCCCCAACAUACGACAUUGGCUCCAUAAUCCCCGAAACCCCCAGGAAACGACCUGUCAGAAGGUUUGAAGCGAAACAGAUCACCCUCUUGCAGAUAUUCUCCACGAUAUGGCCCUCUUUGAACGUUGGCUACAGGUUCUUGCUGGUCACCGGCUUCACGGCGGCCUUUUUCCAUGCUUCGGCAACACCAGCGUUCUCCUACGCACUUGCGCGGCUUCUUUCAUCGUUCUUCAAGGACGGGAACUUGCCCUCUGAGUCGGCGAAAUGGUCUGUAGUGAUCUUGUGCAUUGCGGUCAUAGACGCAAUAAGCAGUUACUUGAUGCACUACUUUCUAGAGUCCGUUGCGCAGUCCUGGAUAGAUACGCUGCGCACAAAAUCAUUGGCUCGCAUUCUUGACCAGCCCCGUGUAUGGUUCGACGAGAACCUGGUAGCAACGGUAACAGAGGACAUGGAAAAGAAUGCUGAGGAUAUGAGAGACUUGUUGGGGCGGUUUGCUGGGUAUGUAUUUAUCGGUGCAACUAUCAUGAUUCUAGGUGUUGGCUGGAGCUUCACGGAAAGCUGGCAAUUGACGAUGGUCGGCUUGUCGAUUGCGCCGGUCAUGUAUGGCCUGACAAGGACCUUUGCGUGGAUCUCGGAUGAGUGGGAGAAAAAUAGCAAUGAGGCAGCUGAGAUUGUUGGCGGGGUAUUUGAUGAAACGAUCACGAAUAUAAAGACGGUAAGGGGGCUUGCUCUCGAAAGAUACUUUAAGAAGAAGUAUGCGAAAGCUACCCGUGCGGCAUUGAGAAUAGGCGUGAAAAGGUCUAUUUACACAGGUGUUGGCUACGGGCUAUCAGAUUCCGCGGUAUCGUUUGCAACAGCUUUAAUCUUUUGGUACGGUGCGGUGUUGAUUGGGAAGGGCUUAUACGACAUUCAGCAUGUUCUUACGGUCUUCAGUCUGCUGCUAUUCUCAUUGGCAGGUGCAAAUACGAUCGUCGGUUUUGUUCCCCAGAUAAGUAAUAGCAAAGACACUGCACGGCGUGUGCUUAGACUCUACACCCUGCCCCGUAGUUCUCAUGAAAUUGAGGGUAUCAGGACGCUGGAUUUUAGAGGAGCCAUAUCGUUCUCCAACGUUACUUUUGCAUACCCCACUCGCCCAGACACCAUUGUACUCCGAAACUUCAACCUCAAAGUUACGCCCGGGGAAUGCAUUGCCAUAGUAGGUCUUUCCGGCUCAGGAAAAUCAACCGUCGCAGCCCUGCUUCAACGUCUUUACCCAUACUCGGCAGGUAGCAUCACAAUAGACACACUCCCUAUAGAAAGCCUCAGCAUCCGAUCCCUUCGCUCACAGAUGGCUAUUGUCUCGCAGUCCGCGGUUCUCUUUGAUAGCAGUGUCCACGACAACAUUUCCUACGGCAGCAACUAUACCCGCUGGGAGGUUGAGAGAGCAGCGAAGGCAGCUGGAAUCCAUGAAUUCGUCAAGGGCCUUCAAGAUGGUUAUGACACAUAUCUGGGAGACAAGGGGGGCCAUAUAUCAGGGGGUCAGGCCCAGAUGGUUGGUAUUGCAAGAGCUCUUGUCAGAAGGCCAGCGGUGCUGGUGCUGGAUGAGUGCACCAGUAAUCUGGACCCUGAGAGUGCGAGGGUUAUACAUAACACCAUCGGCCGGCUGGUCGAUGAAGGUGGGGCUUAUGACAAGAAGAUGACGGUGAUCAUCAUCACGCACAGUCAGGAGAUGAUGCGGUGCGCUGAGAAGGUUGUAGUGAUGAGUUAUGGGGAGGUUGUAGAGAGCGGGAAGUUAGAGGAGCUUUUAGAGCGACGUGGUGAGCUCCAUAGACUUCUCAACAAAGAAGAAUGGGUGAAAAGUAAUGGACAUGAGGGAAGCAUCUAG